AUGGCAGGCAAAGAACCCGUCAAGCUCGCCAUCCUAGACGACUACGCAUCCGUCGCCUCACAGCACUUCUCAGCCCUCCAAGCCGCUCACCCAAACCUCGAAAUCCAGUGCUUCCCAGGUACACUCAAUGCGAAACUCGAAUCCGAGCACGCGGAGCUCAUCUCUCGCCUGAAGCCAUUCACCAUCAUCUCAUCCAUGCGGGAACGCACCCAGUUCCCACGCUCAGUGCUGAGCCAGCUCCCGCAACUCAAACUGCUUGUGACGACGGGAAUGCGCAAUGCGGCCAUUGACGUCGCGGCUGCGACGGAGCUCGGCAUCACCGUCGUAGGUACCAAGGGGAAAAGUAAUGCCACGCCGGGUUAUGAUGCGACGAACGAGCAGGCCUGGACGUUGAUCCUCGGUCUGGCGAAGGACGUUGUCGGCUCCGCCGCGAACGUCACGUCCAGCGCGGACGGUCGAGGCUGGCAGACGGGCCUGGUGUCGGCAUUGGGCGGCAAGACGUUGGGUCUCCUCGGACUGGGGAAACUCGGCACACAAGCCGCUGUGACGGGGAAGCUGGGCUUUGGGAUGAAUGUACUGGCGUGGAGUACGAGUCUCACUCAGGAGAAGGCUGACGAGGCGGCUGCGUCGCGAGGUCUCGCUCCGGGAUCCUUCAAGGUCGCCGCAUCUAAGGAAGACCUGUUUCGCCAGGCCGAUGUCCUCAGCGUGCAUUACGUGUUGUCCCCGCGUUCGCGUGGCAUAGUGGCGGCCAAGGAUCUCGCGCUGAUGAAGUCUAACGCGAUACUGAUAAAUACGUCGCGGGGUCCGUUGAUCGACGAGAACGACCUGCUGGAGGCAUUGGAAAAGGGGAAGAUUCAUGGUGUGGGGCUCGACGUCUUUGAGACGGAACCUUUGCCAAAGGAGAGUCCAUGGCGAAGAAACCAGUAUUGGGGCAAGGAGGGCCGGAGUCUCGUGCUCGUGUCGCCGCAUAAUGGAUACGUGGAGAGCGAGACGAUGAAUGCUUGGUACAAGCAGCAGGCUGAGACGGUGGGGACUUGGAUCACUGGUGGGGAGGUCCAGAAUAGGAUACAGUGA